GCGGCGCGCCGGGAGAGGGCCGGGAAGAGAGAACCGCUGGGCUCUGGGGACCAGCGGGGGCCGUGCCGAGGCAGCACCAGUGCACGCGGCCUGGCGGCACAGAGCGCAGUCGCAGCUCUCCGCCCGGCGGACAAGUGAGAGUACGGGGCCCCGGGGGGCCGGAACCUCGCGCAGACGCCUGGAGCUUCGCUUCCGAAGGCGGAGGGCUGAGUCCUUCCGCUGCUUCUCCGGGGCCUGCGCUGCCCGCAGUAUUGUUGGCGUUGCUGAGGAGAGUGACCACAGCUGAAAGCCUGCAGCUCGCCACGCUGAAUCCUGUGCCCAUGAUUAACAGCAGACCCUCCCUUUGGUAGUAGUCAGAAGGGAAGAAUCCAUCUUCUUAGAACAUGGCAGGCAAGAAAGUGCUCAUUGUCUAUGCUCACCAAGAACCCAGGUCUAUCAACGGCUCCUUGAAGAAAGUGGCAAUGGAAGAGCUCAGCAGACAGGGCUGCACCAUCACCGUGUCUGACCUGUACGCCAUGGACUUCGAGCCGCGGGCCACCAGGAAAGAUGUCAUCGGUGCUCUCUCUAAUCCCGAGUUCUUCAACUAUGGGGUGGAAGUAUAUGAAGCCUUUAAGAAGAGGUCUCUGGCCAGUGACAUAACUGACGAACAGAAAAAGGUUCAGGAAGCUGAUCUAGUGAUAUUUCAGUCACAGGGACUGCUGCCGCUGAGCCAAUGUCCAGCAGAACUUCCUAGCACCCGCCCCCCACACCUGCUCAAGGACCAGCCUAAGGGGGCCGUCCCUGGGGGACACAGAGCCACCUGUAAUGGCAACCAGGACCAUGGUCAGCUCUGCCCCCUCACCCCACCAUCACCCUGUCCACACUGCAUGUCCCUGCUCGUGCCACUCCCCGGCUAUACUCGCCUGCCCAGCACCUGGGAAGAGGAAGACAGUGGGAUUCCUUCUGGAUCAGCAGAUCUGCAACCUGAGGCAGCCCGCAGCAUCUGUCUCUCCCUGGUCUUAUGUCCCCAGUUCCCGCUGUACUGGUUCGGCAUGCCGGCUAUCCUGAAGGGUUGGAUGGACAGGGUACUGUGUCAGGGCUUUGCCUUUGACAUCCCAGGAUUCUACGAUUCCGGUUUUCUCAAGAAUAAAUUCGCCCUCCUCUCGUUAACCACGGGGAGCACAGCCGAGAUGUACACGAGAACCGGAAUCAGCGGAGAUUUCCGGUACUUCCUGUGGCCCCUCCAGCAUGGGGCACUGCACUUUUGUGGAUUUAAAAUCCUCGCCCCUCAGAUGAGUUUUGCUCCUGAGAUUGCCUCAGAAGAAGAGAGGAAGGCUAUGGUGGCGUCCUGGGCCCAGCGGCUGAAAACCAUCUGGGAGGAAGAGCCCAUCGACUGCACGCCUCCUUGGUACUUCGGGCAAUAACACUUCGCGCAUUAUCCACGGCACAGGCACUGCCUGCACAUGCAAAGAGAUGAUCCCGUAAUAAAAGGAAAUUACAACAGA